AUGAUGACUCCCGCGCAACACUUCGUUGUCCUCGGUGCCGGCGUCAUCGGUCUCACUACCGCACUGACCCUCAGAGCCGAAUUUCCAUCCGUGAAGAUCACGAUCCUAGCAGAGUACUUCCCCGGCGACUACAACAUCGACUACUGCUCGCCGUGGGCCGGAGGUAAUUGGUGCUCCUCAGCCAACGAUAAUGGUCUUCUCGAAUCUUUCGACCGUGAUGCAGGCAUUCUUAGUGUGGAAACUGGCAAGCUGUGGUACGAUAACUUGGUUGGGGGCACUGUGCCACUUCGUACGGACGAAUUGCCCGACAAAGCCGUGUUUGGACUUGAUGUACCUAAUACCUUUGUGAUCAACACUCAAAUCUACUUGCAAUGGCUUCUUGAGCAAUGCAGACAGAGCAAAGUCAUUCUGGUCCGUCAAAAGAUUGGUCACAUCAAUGAGGCUCGCAUCUCUUCAGAUGUCACCACGGUCUUCAACUGUACAGGCUUAGGGUCCUACUUCCUUGGUGGAGUGGAAGACAAGUCCAUGUAUCCGACUCGAGGGCAAACCAUCUUGGUCGAGCAGCCGAUUGAGCCCCUCAAGAGGAUGUACUUCCGUUCACCUCGAAGAGUAGACAACGACACCACCUACAUCUUCCAGAGGCCUCUAGCAGGCGGCAUUGUUCUAGGCGGAUGUCGUCAAGACGGAAACUGGGACAAGGAGGUCGAUCCCGAGUUGACAAAGACUAUCCUCCAGCGUUGUUGCGCACUGGCCCCAGAGCUGGGGAAGCCCGGAGACUUGAAGAUCAUCAAGCACGGCGCCGGGCUGAGACCGAAUCGUAAAGGCGGACCAAGAAUCGAGGUUGAGAAGAGAGAUGAGGGGUUGGUCGUACAUAAUUACGGAGCAUCUGGGGCGGGAUAUCAGGCAUCUUGGGGAAUGGCAGCACAUGCGGUGAAACUUGCAAAAUUGCAACUAACAAGUCAGACACCCUCGUCGAAGCUUUAG